GAUAUCGUUUCCAUUUCGCCCGCCGUUACCCUUCGCGGAUGUCCUCUGUGCCGCCGGUGCGCGACCUUCCGCCGGAGCCAUGUCCGCCCGCUCCCCUGCUGCGGCUUGCUGCGCAUGUCCGGGUGGAGGGGCUACUAGCUCGGGCCAGCUAUGGCGACAGUGUACCGCGGCGGCUCCCACACUCUCAGCAAGGAUGACGUGAACUACAGGAUGCAUUUCCGAAUGAUAAACGAGCAGCAGGUCGAGGACAUCACGAUAGAGUUCUUCUAUCGGCCGCACACCAUCACUUUGCUGACAUGCACCGUGCUCAGUUUGAUGUACUUCGCCUUCGCGAGAGAUGAUGGGAAUCCAGAUAAUAAUCUUUGGGUGGGCCUCAUUUUGGUCAUCUCUUUCUUCCUUGUCAUCAGUGUGCUGGCAUUUCCCAAUGGUCCGUUCACAAGACCACACCCAGCGAUAUGGAGGAUAGUCUUCGGUAACGAGCGGAGGACAGAAGAGCUUCUUAAAGAAGAAGUUACAGGCCUGAGCGUCCUCUACUUCCUGUUCCUGGUUUUCAUCAUCUUCCUGAACUGGCAGCAGGUCAAACAGCUAAUGUACUGGCUGGAUCCGAACCUGCGCUAUGCCAAAAGAGAGGCAGACAUAAUGGAGUAUGCGGUCAACUGCCAUGUCAUUACCUGGGAGAGGAUCCUCAGCCAUUUGGACAUAUUUGCCUUCAGUCACUUUUGGGGCUGGGGCAUGAAAGCUCUGCUCAUCCGAAGUUACGGCCUCUGCUGGACCAUCAGUAUUACCUGGGAGCUGACUGAGCUCUUUUUCAUGCAUCUCCUGCCAAACUUUGCCGAGUGCUGGUGGGACCAGGUGAUUCUGGACAUUCUGUUGUGUAACGGAGGAGGCAUCUGGCUGGGCAUGACGGUGUGCCGCUUUCUGGAGAUGAGAACCUACCACUGGGCCAGUAUUAAGGACAUCCACACAACCACAGGCAAGAUCAAGCGAGCCGCGCUACAGUUCACGCCAGCUAGCUGGACCUACGUGCGCUGGCUGGAUCCUAAAUCUUCUCUGCAGCGAGUGAUGGGUGUCUAUCUCUUCAUGAUCAUUUGGCAGCUAACAGAGUUGAACACCUUUUUCCUCAAGCACAUAUUCGUCUUUCCGGCAAGCCACGCCCUCAGCUGGUGUAGGAUCCUGUUCGUCGGUAUUAUCACAGCGCCAACAGUCAGGCAGUAUUACGCCUACCUCACAGACACGCAAUGUAAGAGAGUUGGUACCCAGUGUUGGGUGUUUGGGGCCAUAGCCUUUCUGGAGGCCUUGGCAUGCAUUAAAUUUGGACAGGACUUGUUCUCCAAAACGCAAGUCCUGUAUGUGAUCCUCUGGCUCCUGUGUUUGGCCUUCAUUACAUUCCUGUGUCUGUAUGGAAUGGUUUGGUGCGCAGAGACCUACGGGCCAAGAGAAAAGAGCUUCUCGGAAUGUGAGGACAGCAAUUACACAGACUUCGUUGACCCUGUGGUAGGAAGAUUUAAAGGAGACAUGGAAGACAGCAGCCCACAAACAAGGUUGAGAGGAAAGAGCGUGGAAAAGGUCAAGUCCAUUAAUGGCGUGGAGGGCCAGUAGACUCACCUCAAAAGGUUUGGGUGGGUUUUAAGAUGUGCUUGCAAGCCCUCAAUUACACAAGUGACUAACAGUGUUGUUCACGCGCCACACCCAACAAUGCUCAUAAAAAAGCUCCUUUUCCACAGCUGUGCGCAUGUGUACUAAGCACACUGUGCGUGUGUGUGCGCACAUGCGUGCCUGCGUGCGUGUGUGUUCGCGUGUGUGGGAAAUAACUGCCAAUUGUAGGUUGAAUUGCAUGGUCCAUGUAGCUGAUCAUUUACAGACUGCAGUAUAUAUUAUUCAUUACUAGCUGCUUCAGACAUUUCAAUAUUCCAUUCCAUUCAUGUUUGAUAACAUUAACAAUAAUAAUAAUAUUGUCAUCCUACAGUUUACAAAGCGUGUGUGUAUGUUUGGUGAUAAUAUCUUGAAUGUGGGCGGGGAUUCCUCCACAGCCUUUGUGACGUGGAACAAAUCAAAGCACACACAGCUAAAGAAAGCAUUUAGAAGGAAUGUACAUUUGUAACGCUUGAGUACUUUGUGAAUUCUCGUCCGUGAUUUUAUUAAUGGCUGCAAUUUUUUUUUUUACCAUGAUGGUAAUGAAGGGCAAAUAUUCAAAUUGAUCACUUGCCCAGUUUUGUUACAUGUGCAUGGUGGUGUCACACACAAGCAACACACAAUUGUUUUUUGUCUUUUCACUCACCUUUUGUGCCUGUCUCCAUAAUCACUUGUCUUGUGGCUUUUUGUGUGUUUUUUUAAUGAAAUACGUCUUCUCGUUUGGACCGUCAGUAUCAUCUCAUGCAGUACACAACCAAGUGCAAUAUCACCUCAACAUCGUUGUACAGUAAAGGUCCCUUUGGGAAGAUGGGAGUGAGACACUGUACUGAAUCCCCCCGCCGCAAACAACUUGCUCCGUGUGCUCCCUCCGACAAGGUCAAACAUGAGUGCAGUCUGCAUGAAAACACUCCCACCUCCAUGUUUGCAUGUCAGCCGUAUUGUUCAAGCUUGCAGUUUUGUAUGUUCCAGGUACACUUUUUUUAGUACCUGCUGCCUUCUACUUCGAUGUUUUUAAUAAUAUGACGUUGAAGUGAGGAUGCAUCUAUAAUUCUCGACAAAUCACACAUUAGUUGCCCAUAAAAGGUACAGAUGUUUCCUGGCUUCAAGUCAUUUACCAAAAGCACUCCUAUUAGGAAAUGACUUGUGCUGUCCUAUAUCACUGUGAACUAUCAGAACCAGAUUCAAAUGUUCGACAUGUUCUUCAAACUCAGCGAUGCAUUCUUUGCUUUAUGUAACUCUACCCAAUAAACAACUGUCAUAUCCAUA